AUGGCCGCGGGUGUCGACGCAGCUGUACUGCAGCGGCAGAUCGCAUCACUGCUCAACCGUGAGAGAGCGAGGGCUGAUGAGCAACACAUUUAUAUGCAGACAAUGCAAGAAGUGAAAAAGCUACAAGGUGAGAAGAUCAAUUCGUUAAUGAUCGAGGUUGCUCGGCUGAAUGCGCAGGUGAUGGAGCUCUCGCAUGCCAAGGCUGCGUUGGAGGUCCUGGUUGCAGGUUCGUCUCGUGGAGGACGCCAGGCUGCCGCCGCUGCCGAGCGCGCAGUCAUUGCGACCAAGAAGAAGCGUCAAAAGGACGAGGCAUUCCUUGACACGAUCACCCCGCUUCAACGCGACCUUGUCGUGGUGAUGAAAUAUGCCUCUGAUGACAUCGCGCGUCGUUGCAUGCGCAAUCUUACUCCGAUGGAGCAGUCGCCAGGAAUUGCAGACUAUCGGUGGGUUCCCUCGCCUCUGAAGAUCGCUGAAGGCGAUGGGAUCGGACCGCUGGGAGGCGGCACUCGAGCGGCGGUACCAUCACUCGAUGUGGCGAAGCUAGGCAUUACAAACGGCGCACUUCUACCGCCGCAAUUGUCUCCUACCAUUCUGGCUCGCACUGCAUACAAGAUGGCUCUCGAAAGCGGAUCGCUUACCAGUGCUCUGAGAGCAGCAUCCAAGGAGGAGAUUUCGGGUGCAUGCAUCUUCAAUGGCAUUCAAGGGGCAUCUAAUCUCUCUGCGGAGGUGGCUGACAAGGCGUCGUCAUAUAUGUCCAGCCUCAAGCGAACGGUUUGGACCAGGCUGGCCAAGGUGUGGGACGUCACUUGUAUUCCGGUUCAAAACAAGCUGAAGAGUGCCUCAGUCGACUACAUCAUUCAUGCUCUGAACAAUGCUGCUGGCGAAGACGUGAAAAUGAUGGGAAUUGCGUUUGCAGAUGACGACAGCGGCGGGAUUGACAAAAUUAUGCGAGCAUGUAUUGACUGUAUUACCUCUCGUAGCCUAGACCACUGGCGUACAGUGGUGCCGCCUGGGCAUUCAGAGAGCGAUAAUAUUUGGAGAGAGUGGCGUUGA